CAACAACAGAGACAACCCAAAAAACAAAAUUUUCAAGGUAUCAGAAAGGAUGUGAGUGCAGAUGAGUUGCUGAAAUCCAAAGUCAUUGAUGAGAAAAUUUACAAAGACCUAACUUCCGGAAAAGUAACCGUUAAUCACGUAAGUGAAAUGGACUCUGUGCGAAAAUAUACCCUGAAAGGAAAACAAAUAGCAUCGCUGGUUGUGUUUGUGCAGUCUACCAAACAAACCAUGAGCAUCUUCAAUGCCAAAAAUAAGGGACUUCUGACACCUGGAACAUCUCUAGUUUUGCUGGAGGCUCAGGCUGCCACUGGCUUUAUGAUUGACCCAGUAAAGAAUAAAAAGCUGUCAGUAGAGCAGGCGGUGACUGAAGGACUUGUUGGGACAGAAUGGAAAAACAAACUGCUCUCUGCAGAACGGGCAGUCACUGGUUACACAGACCCCGCCACAGGGAGCAUAAUCUCCUUGUUCCAGGCCUUGAAAAAAGAUUUGAUCGUCAAGGACCAUGGUAUUCGUCUGUUAGAAGCUCAGAUCGCCACUGGAGGCAUCAUUGAUCCUGUGCACAGCCACCGUGUUCCUGUGGAGGUGGCUUACCAAAGAGGGUACUUUGAUGAGGAGAUGAACAAGAUCCUCUCUUAUCCAGAUGAUGACACCAAAGGAUUCUUUGAUCCCAACACUCAGGAGAACCUCACAUACUUGCAACUUGUGGAGCGGUGCGUUAGAGACCCCAACACUGGCUGAGCCUCCUUGUGAUUGUGAAAAAGGGUGAGCACUACUUCUUCAUUGAUGAACAUACAAAGAAUAUUCUUAAGUCUAC